AUGGCUGCAGCUGCGGCGGCGCUCCGGCCGGGGAGGAGGCGGGGCGACGCCUUCGCGGCCCUGGAGGACGCGGGCUCCGCCACGCGCGGGCGCCAGGCCGCGGGAGGCGGCAGCGGCGGCGCCGGCGGCGGAGGAGGAGGCAGCGUCCGCCGGUCGAGGAGCCUGAGCCGGUUCCCGCCGCCGUCGCCGUCCCCCGAGGACGCGGCGACGCCGUCGUCGAGGUUCGUCACCAAGGUGCGGGGCGGGGGCGGGGGCGGGGGCGGGGGCGGGUUCCCGCCGGAGGUCAGCCUCGACGACCUCGCCGACGAGUUCUUCCGGGCCAGGGCGGAAUCCGAGGGCGACGACGACGACGAGGAGACCGCUGCGCCUGCGCGCGGCCGGUCAAGGCUUCCGGCGCCCGCGGAGCGUGGCGGCGGCGUCGGUCGGCGGAGCUCCACCGCGCGGUACGCCAGGGAGACGGAGUCUUCGCGGCAGCGCGGGCACUCCGUGUCGCGCCCGCCAGCCGACCGGCGAGGCGUAGCGGCCAGUGCGGUGAAUGCCGGCCCUGCAGCUGCAGCCAGGAGGCAGCGGUAUGCGUCGGUCGACCGGCGCGCUUCGAUGGAUCGGCAACGGUGGUGCGAUUCGGAUAAUGACAUGGAAAUUUCUCACCGGUAUGUUUCCAGGGGGAUACAUACCAAAAGUAGCAGUGGCAAUAGCCUGCAGAGUUCAUUCCAUAAGCCAUCUAAAGCAAAUCAAACUUUGAAGAGGUCUACAAGUCAAAAGAUUUCUUUCAUUCUCGAGAUAGCAGCUCCAGCCAUUCUUCAAUUACUGAUGAUGAGUCUAGGAGUUCUUACUCUUUCCAUAGCAGAAAUCAGAAGGAAGGCUGUACAGUUUAUGGAGCACCCUAUUGGUGAUGGGGCUGGAAAUGUAUUGUAUGAUGCAAUGCGGAAAGAAGUUAGGCAAGCUGUUGAGGAAAUCAGAAAUCAGCUUGAAAAGGCUGUGACAAAAUCCGAACCUUCAGAAAAGGCAAUAAGCAGUGAUGCACAACCAACCCAAGUUAUUACUGAGCUCCGAAGGAGCUACACUAAUAAAUUGGAAGAGUCAGAGAAGCGGAAGCAGGAAUUGUUAGCUCAGUUGACAGCAGAAGAACAACAUGGUCAUGAGCUCACAAAAAUAGUUAGAGAAUUGCUACCUACUCCUAAAAAGACUGCAAAUUUACAAAAACAGCCACGGCACAGAAGAAGGAGCAAUGAUAGAUCAAGGAUGUCAAAACGACUUACUGAAGAGGCUGAGCAAUACUUCGAAGAUUUCCUGUCGAAUGUUGAAGACACUGACUUUUCAUCUUUUGAUGGAGAGAGAAGUGACUCAAGUUCAGCCAGGAAAGACCUGUUACUUCAUGCUAUGACAGAAACCCCAGUUGGGCUCCCAAAAGUUACUUUACCUGCAGAGGCAGAUGGCGUUGUCCUUCCCUGGCUGCAAUGGGAAACUACCAAUGACCUUCAGACCUCCCCGUGCAAAACCAAGGCCCAGGGAGAAAGUGUCAGAUGCAGCACUAGCAAUCAUGCUACGAGCAGCCGUGGGAGUUGGAGCCCUGAAGACCAUGCCACUUCAGUUGCCUCUAAAGAUAGAUUACUGACCAAGUUUGGUGAGGUUGGGAUUUGCCGAAGCAGCUGCCCUGAUUAUGCUCGAACCUUGUCGUUUCACAUUGACGACUAUUUGCAUUUGAGGCAGAGUGAGGAUCUCCUCUUGGAGACGUGGAUGCAGAAACAAAGAAUCGACUCUGGCGGCCUAGCCCUGUGCAGUAAAUCGACAAUAUUGUAG